GUUGCCGUUAUCAAUUACGGCAUAUCGAUUGACGGAGACAUGGAAAUUUGGACUCGCGCGCAAAAAGUCUUCAUUCCAGCCAGUGGACGAAGAGCUGGUCACGACUCACGAGAUGGGCAAGCGAUCUGGAGAGGACAGUCAGAAGUCUGGAAAGAAAGUCAAGACUGGUCAAGCGGUUGAGAAGGAGGAAGAAGGGUUCUCGCUAUUCAGUGGAAGAGGUGAUGCAGAUCUGGAUGAUGUGUUUAGUAAAGGUGCCACAUUUGCUGUAGUACCUGGGGUAGGCAAGGCGGCUGCAGGAGGCUCUCUGCUGCAGCCAGCCCGCGCAGACGAGAUCGCGGAAGAAGAGGAUGAGGAGGCGGAAGACGGCUCUGAGGAUGAAGCUGAGGGUUCCAUGGCAGAGACCAGCGACGAGGAUGGGGACGCAGAAGAGGCGGACUUUACGGGAGACAAUGGCGAGGACAACAAGCUAGAGGCUGAGGAGAGCAGAGCGGACAGUGACGACGAGGACGCCGCCAGCGUUGCUAGCUCGAGCUCAUCCGGCUCACAAGAGUUGGUCCACGAAUCCGUCAAGGCUGGAAAGGGACGGGACCAACUUGCUAAGCGCUACGUACCUCCAGGAGAGACUCCAGAAGACAGAGAUAGACGGACAGUCUUCUUAGGUAAUCUGCCUAUCGAAUGUGCGACUUCAAAAUCAUCACUGUCCCAUCUCCGUCAACAUCUCUUGACUUUCUGCUCGGGCGCUAAGAUUGAGUCUGUGCGAUUCCGUUCUGUUCCAUUUGCAACUCCGACCACUGCGAGACCUCUUGCUGAGAAGGAUAAGGCUGGCAAGGAUCAGGCUUCGAGCAAUCCGUCAAACUCUCGACAAGAGAGGGAAAAGCAGAGAGCGGCCGCAUGGCGUGGAGAAGCAGGAGCAGAAACUGGACCAGGAGCUGAGAAGGUCUUCUUAGACUCCAAGGGCAAGCGCAAAGUCGCAUUCAUCAAAAAAGAGUUUCAUGCAUCGGCAAAGACAUGUAAUGCCUAUGUGGUAUUUGCUCACCCAUCUCCCGAUCGAUCAACCAAUGUCGCCCCGAUAUUAGACCCGUAUGAAGCUGCAGAGCGCGCGCUGAAUGCGGACGGAUCAAACUUCAUGGAUCAUCUCAUUCGCGUUGAUCGUGUCAAUGGCAAGAAGCACAGUGCCGCGCCUGGCAAGACCGCGAAGCAGAAUGAUUGGCUGGGCGGUGCGGAUCCAAGGCUGUCCAUUUUUGUCGGAGGACUAGAUUACGAGACAAAAGAGGAUGAUCUACGGUCAUAUUUUGAAAGUCUCAUGGUCAAGGAAAGAGGCGAGCGAGAGAAGAAAUACGUGACUGGAGUGCGAUUGAUAAGGGACAGGGACACGCAAAUGGGCAAGGGGUUCGGUUACGUGCAUUUCGCUGAGUCUGAAAGCGUUGAUGAGGUCCUGGCCAUCGACCAACGCCUUAAAUUCGCCAAACGGCCAAUCCGAGUUCAAAGGUGUAAAGCAUCGCAAUCGCACAAGAUCGCGCGUCAACCAGUGAACACAAAACAGGACUCCAAGCCUACUUCCAGUAAAGCCAGACCGACUGGAUCAAUAACGUCUGUGACUGCUCGCUCUCCAAAGGCCCGCAAUUCCUCCAGUGACGCUCCCCGCGUUAUACCAAAGGGCGAUCCGAAACUUGGAGAGAGGCUAAAAGGCUUAUCGAAAGAUGAGCGUAAAGCCGCCAAAGCCAGCGAUGCCCACCGUCAAGCUAGACGAAUGGCAAAGAAGAAAUUGAAGCAUCGAUCCGAAAGCGAGAGGAGUACGGGAGCCGUGAAACUUGGCGGAAAGGACAAUAGGCCCAAAGGUCAUGGAGGGAAGGCCAAGAAAGGCAGAGUGAGGAGUGAGCACGCGUUGAACAAGAUGAAGGGCGCGAGGACUUAGAAUUUGUUGCGUGUAUGCAUUGGCGGCUGGCAAGUCGAGAACGGCUCAGCCCCAGGACGGCUCGACCACCUAUACACUCCGCGCAGAAAAAUAUUGGCGCCCCCCCAUUGCGACAGAUGACACGGAAGCUGGCAUCCCC